GUGGCGUACACUGCCUUGAACCGAAAUGAAAAGCACGUCCACACACACACCAGCCCAGAUUACGAAAAUUGGACUUUGCAGCAGUUCAGAAGUAAUACAAAAGUAGGCUACCUACAUCGAGGCAGAAGCGCAUUUGGGAAAUAAUGCAAGCAAUUGAAGAUCUGAGAAGUUGUUUUGCAGGCAGGCCUUCUCCAGUUUGGAGCCCAAGCACCAGCAGAUUUUGGCAGCAGGAUCUGUUGCUGUGGGCGGUGUGUUGACCUAUCUGCUAUGCAGAAAGAGGGAGGCCAAAAGCAUUCCUAUGCUUGAGGAAUGGUGGGGCGCAGGAGUGAGACCUGAAGUUGAGAAGGAGAACAUUUACCCCUUCACAGUCCAAACCUCAGAAGAAGAGAUUCAGGAUCUUUAUGAUCGCAUUGACAAGACACGCUACACAGAACCCCUGGAGGAUUCCUGCUUCCAGUACGGAUUCAACUCCACCCAUCUCCAGAGGGUGGUGUCCUAUUGGAGGAAUCAGUUUGACUGGAAAAAGCAGAUUACCGUACUGAACAAGUAUCCCCACUUCAAGACCAAGAUAGAUGGCUUAGACGUGCACUUCAUUCGUGUCCGUCCGCCCCAUCGUGAGGGGCAGAAGGUGGUGCCUCUCAUGCUGGUCCACGGCUGGCCUGGUUCCUUCUAUGAGUUCUACAGGAUCCUGCCCCUGCUCACAGAGUCCCAAGACGACCUGGUGUUCGAGGUCAUCUGCCCUUCCAUCCCGGGGUAUGGCUUCUCUGAGGCUCCCCAUAAACAAGGGUUCACCAGUCUGGCUGCUGCCACAGUCUUCCUCAAGCUGAUGGAACGUCUUGGGUUCUCAACGUUCUACCUGCAGGGUGGUGACUGGGGCUCACUUAUCACUGCCAACAUGGCCCAGAUGAAACCUCAGAAUGUGAAAGGUCUUCAUCUGAACAUGAUACUUGCGCCACGAAAAGGAUUUGGAUUUCUGAUGUCUCUCCUGAUUGGACCCUAUCUGCCUUUCCUGGUGGGGCUGACGAAGGAAGACGUUCGUAGGCUGUUCCCCUUCAUGGAGAAGAACGUGUAUGAGAUGCUGAGAGAGACAGGAUACAUGCACAUCCAGGCCACCAAGCCAGACACCGCAGGUUGUGGUCUGAACAACUCUCCAGUUGGUCUGGCUGCCUACAUUCUGGAGAAAUUCUCCACCUGGACUGACUUUAACAACAGGGACUUGGAGGAUGGGGGGCUGGAAAGGAAAUUCAGUCUAGAUGACCUCCUAACCAACAUCAUGAUCUACUGGAGCACAGGCUGCAUUGUCUCCUCAAUGCGUUUCUACAAGGAAAACCUCAAGACCAACAUGGAGAACAGACUGGAUAGCAGGACUGGAGUGUUCGUGCCGACAGGACUGGCAGCGUUUCCUAACGAGCUCCUUCACUGUCCUCGUUCAUGGGCCAGUCACAAGUUCAGAAACAUCUACUUCUACUCUUACAUGCUUCGGGGCGGUCACUUCGCUGCCUUUGAAGAGCCGCAGCUUCUGGCAGCAGAUGUGGUCCAGUUUGUUAAGAAAGUGGAAAAGAUGUAACGUCUCUCGUAUGGUCGAAUACUCAUACUUCUGUGGUCGUCCUACCCAGGAAGGAGAGAGGAAAGCUGCUCACAAAAUCGAAACACUUUGCCUUGAUAUGCGCUUUAGAUCCUGAAGUGAAUGAAUAUGCACUAUCUGUAUGUUGCUUUGUCUAAGUCCAGUAAAUUAAUUGAAUGUAAAAUAUUGAUGUGAUAACUGACAGAUCAACACAGGGUCCAAUGAUAAUCAGUUUCCUGUGAAAUCUUGUUUUAUGUCAAGUUUGUUAGUGAAGAGUGCCUAGGGAGUACAAUGGUACUUAGGAAUGGUUUGCUGAACCCAACGCUAGUUUCCUCAAGGAUCACAAUGACUCUUGCUUAGACUAUUGCUCUUGUUGGUUAGUGGUAGCUGAUUUAAACUGUUGUAUUCUAUUUUAGUUAAUCCUAUUUUUAUUGCUUUCCUACAGGUACACCUGCACUUAGAGAUUAAUGUUGUGUAAUUUUUAACUUGUUUAACUACAUGCUCUUAUGGUUUCUUCCCUUUAGCA